AUGGGGUUUGCGAAGCUGAUAACACUCAGGAUUGCAGGUAGCAACGCCGUCCAGGAGCUCUCUAAACUACCAAACAUCAAAACAACCGUCUGGAUUCUACCAGACCAAAUCAUGAGCACCGACCAAUCGACGAACACAAAAACCAACCAACAACAACAGCAACAACACAGUAUCAACAACAAUUAUGAUGAAGGUGAUUAUUAUGAAGAAGUUCAACGAAAGGUUAGAAGCCACGACAGCAGCUUCAAUGACCGCCUGAAGCGAGAUGCAGCUACUGAGGCUGGCGACCGAAUGAUGGAAAAUUUUGUGGCAGAGGAGGAUGACAAGACUGUUGAAAAUGUUCUCGCUGAUGAAAAAAUAUCCAUUGAAGGAAAAAUUAAAAAUAUUUUAUUGGAAGUGAGAAAUUUGAGAAUCGCGACGAUCGUUUUGAUCAAUUUCGACAACCUCCUCAACGUUCAGAUGAUUCUCAGUGAAGCCCUUAAGCUGAGCUUACUGACCAACAGGCAGAACUGGAUCAUGCUGAACUACGUGGGUUCUUUUUAUUGCAAUUAA